AUGGGUUGCUAUACCCUGAAAACAAAAAGAUUUGCAGGAGUGAAGGAAUGGAUAUUCAGAGUGAUUGGCUUCCUUUGCAGUCUAUUAUCUUCAGGGUUUGGAAUAAUUCUUGCAAGCAGCAAAUACUGGCGCCUCUGGGAAUUCGACAAUAAGGUUGUCCAGCUUGUUUACAUUGGACUCUGGGAAGCUUAUUACCACUGGGAAUUUAAAUUCUCUGGUACUGAGACCAUAAUUCUGGUACACAGCCCUGUCAACUCGACCUGGACAAUUUCACCUGAAUUUCGAUGUGCACAGAACCUGAUAUUAAUGGCAAUGCUGAUAAAACCUGUUGUUGUGAUUUUUAGCUCAGCAGCCAUUAGGGUCAGCAUAAUCAAAGCCUCAGUUCCUGAGAUUCAGAUAGUGUGCUACAAGUGCUCUGUCUUAAUUCUGAUCAUCAGUAGCUUUUGUACUGUUAUUUCUGUGACCUGGAACCAUGUAGUAGAUCUCUAUGGCAAAACCACCCUUGACUUUCCACCAAAUUUUCCAGUAAAGAAAGAAACCCUGAUAAAGAAACACAGCACUUAUGUGUUUCCAAUAGGGCUUCUAACAACCACCCUGUCACUCUUUGGAGUGAUUAUGUUCCUCUUUGAGAUCAAGUCAUUGAAAGUUCAGAGUAAUCUGAAUGUCCAGCAUGCUUCUAAACAGGCUGAUGACAUGUACAUAAAUGAGAGUUCUGUUGUUUGA